AUGGUGGUGAAGGACUCACAGCCUUUUUCCAUCGUUGAGGACGGUGGAUUCAAGGCAUUUGUGGCAUUGCUGGAUCCAACCUACACCAUGCCAUCCAGAAAGGCUGUGAAGAACAUGGUUUUCCGGAAGUACGAGGAGGAGAAGACCAAGGCCAAAGCUGCCAUGCAGAAGGUACAGGCUGUGAGUCUGACUUCAGACAUGUGGACCUCCAUUAAUAUGGAGGCAUACCUAGCAGUCACCUGCCAUUAUGUCGAUGACACUUCGAAGCUGGCCACAGUGCUUUUGGGAGUGCUGCCUUUCCCCGAGACUCAUACGGCUGUGAACAUUUCUGCAGCAAUGAGGUCUCUCAUGGAGGAAUGGGACAUUGAGAAACAGACAGGGGGGAGUCCGCUCCCCUGCUCUCCACCGAAAGGCGGUCGAGCUCUGGCUUUGGGCUCAUCAGUAUCUCCGCAGUCUGAGAGCCCUGCAUAUCGCGGGCGCCCAGAACUUUGGGGCGGACCUCAUGUCUCGAGGCGGUCCCCGCCGAGACGAGUGGCGGUUACAUCCCGACAUUGUCAGACUGAUCUGGCAGAGGUUCGGGACAGUGCAGGUGGACCUCUUCGCGUCCCGGGAGAACACGCACUGCAGGUGGUGGUUCUCCCUCAGCCCUCGGGAUCUUCCCCCGUUGGGGGUAGAUGCGUUGGCACACACACCUUGGCCGCGGGCUCUCUUGUAUGCGUUUCCCCCGCUCCAGCUGAUCCUUCCUCUUCUGGAACGGGUCAGACAGGAGAGACUGUCCCUGAUAUUAGUGGCCCCGGAGAACCGUUCAGCUCUGUGGUUUCCAGAGCUGGCCGUGCUCUCGCGGUCGGCGCCUUGGCCAGUACCAUUCAGGCCGGAUGCGCUUUCACAGGCCCACGGGACGGUGCACCACCCGCCCGAUGUCUCGGGACGGCUGUUGGUUUGGCUCCUGAGAGGUUGAUCCUGCAGGGCAAAGGUUUGCCUGAGACGGUUAUCAACACUAUUCAGAGUGCUCGUGCGCCUUCUACUUCUUCCCUCUAUGCGGCGAAGUGGUGCGCCUUCUCUAAUUGGUGUGAGACGAACCACGCUGUCCCAUCUCAAUGCGAGGUGGGAAGCGUGCUUUCGUUUCUGCAAAACUUAUUGGAAAAAGGUUUGGCCUUCUCCACUAUCAAGGUCUAUGCGGCAGCCGUUUCGGCUGGCCAUGCAGGCUGUGAUGGUGGACCGAUCUUCAGCCAUCCACUGGUCAAGAGAUUCUUGCGUGGGGCUAGACGGGUUAGGCCUGUUUCACGCGUGCUUACACCACGCUGGGAUCUCCCCACCGUGUUGCGCGGAUUGUCCAGGGAUCCUUUCGAGCCUCUCUCUCAGGCCCCUUUGGAUGCCCUGUCAUUUAAGACGGCGCUCUUGUUGGCCUUGGUUUCUGCCAAGCGGGCCGGUGAGCUAACCGCUCUGUCUGUCAGCCCGAGUUGCUUGUUGCUAAACGAGGACAGCUCCUUCGCGUUGCUCAGACCUAAUCCUGCGUUCCUCCCGAAGAACAUUAAUAGUUAUUUUCGGUCGAGGGAUAUUGUGCUUAAGGCUUUUCACCCCCCGCCUCAUUCUAGUGAGGCGGAGGCGGAGUUGCAUCUCCUGUGCCCGGUUCGGGCGUUGGCUAUGUACGUGAAUCGCUCGGCAGCGUUCCGCUCCACACAACAGUUGUUUGUGUGUUAUAGCGACGCUAGCAGGGGCCGCGCUCUCUCUAAGCAGCGGUUUUCUCGCUGGGUAUGUGAGGGUGUUCGCCUAGCCUACUCUCGGCAGGGCUUGGCGCCACCGUUGGGCGUUAAAGCUCACUCCACACGGAGCGUGGCCGCUUCAACGGCUCUACUCAAGGGCGUUUCGGUGGAAGACAUCUGCGCGGCUGCGUCUUGGUCUUCCCCCGGCCCCUUUGUCCGUUUUUACAUGUUAGACAUGUCCAGGGGCUCACUCGGCAACUCUGUGCUAGAGUCCGGGACCCCUUUUACGGCUUAAGAAUAUAGACAUGUUCUUUAAAGCGUCGUGGUUGGAUUUCCUCUCGCCGGCUGGCGAGUUGGACUUGAUUACCAGUCUUACUCUCCCACCUUUUUUCAAAUGAAAAACAGGCUAGGGGGUUUUCUAUUGGCUCGCCAAUUGUCUGGUGGUUUUGUU